GGACUAGUGCCGGCGAGCACGUGCGGUGCGGCAUUCGUGGCGUGCGUCGCGGCGGACCGCGGCAGACGUCGCAUGGCCGAGCGCGGCAGGCAUCGCGUCGCGCCCAUCCCGGCGCCAACCAAGCGACAAUACGCGUAUGUGCCGUGCCCGCGCUCCGAGGAAGUCGGCACGGAGUUGGCUCUGCAGCUCCUCAGGAGCCACAGCCACGACGAGCCGGAGACCCCGCAGAAAUCGCCGCCCGAAGUGCUUCGUGUAAGUUGGAAGUCUAAGGUGUCUAACACUGAAGUCCUGGCCCGAAUGCAAAAGAGCACAAAGCUACUUAAAACUACGAAACAGCGUAAAGUUUCGCACUUAGGUCAUAUCCUGAGAAAAUAUGAUAGGUGCUGCAUUUGCUGAGAACCAUCACAAUGGGGAAAAGAAUUGGAAAAAGAGGUGUAUGAAUGAGGAGAAAGUCGUUGCAACGCAAUAUACGGGAUAGGACCAGGAAUAAAAACGGUUUAGAGCUGUUCUGACAAGGAGAGGUUUAAGGAACUGAUUGCUAACCUUCAGUAAUGGUGAAGCACCUGAGGAAGAAGAAGAUUAUUAGAAGUAGUUUUUAAUAAAGACCUUAC